CCCCUCGGGCUCCCGGUAUAUAAAUCGGCCAUUUGCGUUGCUCCGCCCCAGAGCCCGGGAGUCAAAGCCGGUUCUCAGCCUAGUCCUGUCCUGAAGUUUCCUGCCUCCUCUUUGCUUUCAACAUGACAGAUGCCACUAUGUCCUUCGCCAAGGACUUCUUGGCAGGUGGAGUGGCCGCGGCCAUCUCUAAGACUGCGGUAGCGCCCAUCGAGCGUGUCAAGCUGCUGCUGCAGGUGCAGCAUGCCAGCAAGCAAAUUAGCGCAGAUAAGCAAUACAAAGGCAUUAUGGACUGUGUGGUUCGGAUUCCCAAGGAGCAGGGAGUCCUGUCAUUCUGGCGUGGUAACCUGGCCAACGUCAUCAGAUACUUCCCCACCCAGGCUCUCAACUUUGCCUUCAAAGAUAAAUACAAACAGAUCUUCCUGGGCGGCGUGGACAAGAAGACGCAGUUUUGGCGCUAUUUUGCAGGAAACCUGGCAUCAGGUGGUGCUGCUGGGGCCACAUCCUUGUGCUUUGUGUACCCUCUUGAUUUUGCCCGUACCCGGCUAGCAGCUGAUGUGGGCAAAGCCGGAGCUGAAAGGGAAUUCAAAGGCCUCGGUGACUGCCUGGUUAAGAUCUACAAAUCUGAUGGAAUUAAGGGCCUAUACCAAGGCUUUAAUAUGUCUGUGCAGGGUAUUAUUGUCUACCGGGCUGCCUACUUCGGUAUCUAUGAUACCGCAAAGGGAAUGCUUCCAGAUCCAAAAAAUACUCACAUCUUCAUCAGCUGGAUGAUCGCACAAUCCGUCACUGCCAUUGCUGGCUUGGUCUCCUAUCCCAUUGACACUGUUCGCCGCCGCAUGAUGAUGCAGUCAGGGCGCAAAGGAACUGAUAUCAUGUACACAGGCGCACUUGACUGCUGGAGGAAGAUCGCUCGUGAUGAAGGAAGCAAAGCUUUUUUCAAGGGUGCAUGGUCCAAUGUUCUCAGAGGCAUGGGGGGUGCUUUUGUGCUUGUCUUAUAUGAUGAAAUCAAGAAGUACACAUAAGUUAUUUCCUAGGGUUUCCCUGUGAACAGGUGUGUUGUAUUAUACGGCAUAUCUUGGCCAUUCUGGAUACAUUCUGAGCUGUCUAUUUAUUAAUGGUAACUGUUUGCUGGUUGAAAUGGGAAGCAAUAAUAUUCAUCUGACCACUUUUGUCUUAAAGCCAUUCCCAUGAUGCCAAUGAUAGGACUCAAAUUAUAUUUUUUAUUUCAUUCACUCCUGAUAAAUAACAAAUUUGAAGAAAUAAAAUAUCUAAAA